UUGCAUCAAAUACUACUAUAAUAUAAUGUUUUGGUUGGACUGCUUAAAUCUCAACUGCGUAUCAUAUUUGAAUUCUCUCCGAUUCUCGAAUUUCUUUGGCGUUGCUGCGAUUGAGCGCAGUUGUUGCAGCACUCUUUUUUACACUCGGGGAAUAUGGAGAACAUUACCAAUGUUACGGAGUUUGAGGCCAUUGCAAGGGAGAAAUUGCCCAAGAUGGUUUACGACUAUUAUGCGUCUGGCGCUGAGGACCAGUGGACUCUCCAGGAAAACCGCAACGCCUUCUCUAGGAUACUGUUUCGCCCUCGCAUUCUGAUCGACGUUAGUAAGAUUGAUACAAGUACAAACGUUUUGGGUUACAAUAUAUCAAUGCCGAUCAUGGUUGCUCCAACAGCAAUGCAGAAAAUGGCACAUCCUGAAGGGGAGCUUGCCAUAGCAAGGGCGGCAUCAGCUGCUGGCACCAUCAUGACACUAUCCUCAUGGGCUACAUCCAGCGUAGAAGAAGUUUCCUCAGCUGCAUCUGGCAUUCAAUUCUUUCAGCUCUACGUUUUCAAAGACAGAAACGUUGUUCAACAACUUGUGAGAAGGGCUGAAAAGGCCGGCUUCAAGGCAAUUGCUCUUACAGUUGAUACUCCAAGACUCGGCCGAAGGGAAGCUGAUAUCAAGAACAGAUUCACCUUGCCACCCCACUUGACACUAAAAAAUUUCGAAGGCUUGGAUCUUGGCACACUCGACAAGAGUAACGACUCUGGACUAGCUACAUACGUUGCUGGUCAAGUCGAUCGGUCCCUUAACUGGAAGGAUGUGAAGUGGCUUCAGACGAUAACUAAGUUGCCAAUUCUCGUGAAGGGCGUGCUAACUGCAGAGGACGCCCGCCUGUCCGUACAAGCAGGGGUAUCCGGGAUCAUUGUGUCGAACCAUGGAGCUCGACAGCUCGAUUAUGUUCCUGCAACCAUCAUGGCCUUGGAGGAGGUAGUCAGAGCUGCAGAGGGCAGGAUUCCAGUUUUCGUAGAUGGAGGAAUCAGGCGUGGAACCGACGUCUUCAAAGCAUUAGCACUCGGCGCAUCUGGUGUUUUUAUCGGAAGGCCGAUAGUUUUCUCGCUGGCAGCUGGCGGUGAGGCGGGCGUGAAGAAAGCCAUUGAUAUGCUGCGCGAUGAGUUUGAGCUGACGAUGGCGCUGAGUGGGUGUCGGUCGAUCAAGGAAAUUACGCGGGCCCAUGUCGUGGCACCAUGGGACGCGGGAAGUACUCGUGUGGCACCGCGCUUGUGAGCAAUUGCAUCUGCACCAACCACAUAUGCAAGAACAAAGGAGGAGGUGUGGGAAAUCAAGAAAUCACUAUCUCAUUUGUGUGGUGUAUAUUGCUGUUAUGUGUGAAAACGUGUUGUGUUGGAUUUGUUUAGUUGGUGUGCAGAAUAAUUUGAUUCCGAUUCUUCUUUGGUCAAAUAGUGAAGCUGUCCUAAAUAUUUUAAUUUGACACUUCUAUAUGUUUACUAAAAUAUGGGCCAGUUUUAUGGA